AUGUGUUUCUACAAAUCUCAAUUUCACAAAAUUGAACCCUAUGACUGGUUUUGUGCUCCAUGGUCACAUGUUUUCACUGAAUCUCAUUGCGUGAAUCGGAGUGUGUGUCAGCUGAUUGUCUCUCUGUAUGUAUGUGUGUGUGUGUGUGUGUGCGCAGUGGAAGCGGAGCCGCACUGUAACUGCACCACCAGCGUCUGCUCCAUGUUCUCCACCAGCCUCUACUACCUGUACCCCUUCAACAUCGAGUACCACAUCUUCGUCUCGGCCAUGCUGUUGGUGAUGUGGAAGAACAUCGGCCGCACGCUGGACCUCCACAGCAACCGCAAGCGUCCCAGUACGAGGAGCCCGGGUCUGCUGCUCGGCCCCAUGCUGGGUCUGCUGGGGCUGGCCUGCUCCGUCACCAUGCUGGUGGUGUACCUGAUGAAGGUGGAGAAGUCUCCGCAGGCCGCCGUCUCCAUGUUCUACUGCUACGGCGUGGUGAUGCUGAGCUGCAUGUGUGUCGCGAGCGGAGCCGGGCUGCUGGUGUACCGUCUGGAGGCCUGGCCCAUGGACACGGGUUCGAACCCGUCGCGUGCGCUGGACACGGAGCUGCUGCUGGGCUCGUCUCUGGGCUCCUGGCUGAUGUCGUGGUGCAGUGUGGUGGCAGUGUUAGCGGCGGGACCCGGCUCUCCGAGCUUCCGCUGGACCUGUCUGGUGUACUCACUGCUGCUGGUGCUGGAGAAGUGUGUGCAGAACCUGUUCAUCGUGGAGUCGCUGUACCGCAGACGCAGGGAUCCGGACGAACCGCUUGCAACCGAGGUGUUCUGUGUCAGGCCGCCGUACGAUGGCAUCGUGAACCGCGGCUACGAGACGACCCUGGAGGGAGAGACGCCCGAGAGCAGAGCAGCCUUCAGCAGGAAGCAGACGGACGUCACACGUCCUGUGGGGAACCGGAUCAACGUGACGCCCGGGAGGAAGAGACAGAUCCUGAAGAACAUCACCAUCUUCCUCUUCAUGUGCAACAUCUCGCUGUGGAUUCUCCCUGCCUUCGGAUGCCGUCCUCAGUAUGACAGCGGUCUGGAGCAGGAGACCUUCGGGUACAGCGUCUGGACCACGGUGCUGAACCUGGCCAUCCCCAUGAACCUCUUCUACCGCAUGCACUCGGUGGCGUCGCUCUUCGAGGUCUUCAGGAAGGUUUGAGGGUGUGAGGAGGAAUCUAUCUGGUGCUCACAAACACUGACAGACACACAAACACUGGUCUGAGGAAGCUCAUGCGUUCAGAACGACUGGGAUCGGAUCCGGUUCUCAAAGACUCCAUCGGCUCUUAAAGAUGCUCUCAAUAACUUGACAGACUAGAUGUUCUCAGGCCUGAAGAUUCUUCACACGCUCCUCAGUAAUGUUUACACACACACACACACACACACACACACACACGUCUUCACUUGAUCAAGGAUGAUGUUCUCUUAUACCAAGUUCUCAAGUGGGUUAAAAUCCUGAAUGUUUUUAGUUCAACAUUUGUUUGGAAAAUCCUUGAAUCUUGCAGUCCAUUGAACAAACAUAUGGUGCAUAUUGUAAUUUUUAAUCGUUUACCAAUGCAAAUGCUCGUAUAAAUGAAGGAGAAAUGGAGUAAAAUGAUUUGAGUCUGAUCAAAUCUGCUGAACCGACAAAAAACUACUUUCUUGUUUUGUUUUCAGUGCAAAUAUCUAAACGUUCUCAAAUCAAGAUGCAUUUAUUCGAAAGGGAAAUUUUAUACGAAAUUAAGUGCUGGAUUCUGAAAUUAGUAUCAAAAUUGAGCGGGUUUCUUCUGCCAAUGUAGUCAGAAAAAUGAUCUUCUUAUUAUUCCCCUUUGAAUUAAAUGUAUUUUUUGUUCUUAAUUGAAUCAUGAAUUCGCUUGAUUAUGAUCACUUUGAUCACUUGAUAUCAGUCAUUGUGCUUCUCCAGUAAAUGUGUCUUGAUUAAUUCAGAUAUUUUUACUGGAAACAGUACUGAGGAGGAUCCUCAGCUCUUGCAGUGUGAUCAGAAGUAUAACUGAUCCUUAAACCACAGGUAUAUUCAUUGCACUUGAGGAUUUUUCCAACUGUAAAACUCUGACGAAUUCAGCGACUCUUCUCAGAAAUGUUCGUUAUAAUGGCCUGCUAACUCCUAAAGCAACGUGAAAACACACAAAAUGAAGAGCGACACACAAAUCACAUCACAGAGCUCCAGCUCUGUUUCAUGAUGAUCUUCAGAUCAUCUAGCUCUAUUCAGACAUGUAUUAUAGCACAUCAUCUGUUGCAUAUGUGUUUUGUUGCAUUCCUCUUGGUUCUCACACUAAUGUGUUUCCUCAGUCCUGAAGAUUUCUGUGAGCAAUGGUUUUCAAAAAAAGGGCUUGAAACGUUCCGACACUGGAGUGUAAUGAGGUUUUAUCUGUGCGUUUAUGGAUGUAAUGGGAAUCUCAGCUGGGAUCCUGACUGGAAUCCAUUAUUCAUGCUUCGGCAGGAGGCGGAUUGAUUGUUUUGAUUUGGUCAACAUCAGCAUCACAAACACAGAGGACUCAUAAAGACUCUUUAUUUAGGAUAUUAUAUUUCUGUGGCAGCGCUGCUGUGAAAACACUUCUGGUGACUGUGAUUAUGGGAUGUUCUCACGGCGCUGUGAUGGAGAAACGAUGUGAAACGCUCCUUUCAUUCACAUGUAGAUGUUUCUGUAGAGCGGCUCUGUUGAUCUUCCGCAGAUGUUUAGUAGUAAAUGACUUUAUCAUCAGCAUUUCUUCUCUUUUUUAACUGCUCUCCUCCCAAACACAGUGAAACGCACAACAAUAAGAUCUGUGUUGCAAACCUUGUUGCUAGCUUCAGAUAAAUAAAAUAUUCUUGGAUGGAAACAG